CUCUCCAAAGAAAAUGGCUGUUUCUUCAAACUCUUGCCUGGGCCUCGUAUGCUCACUGUUGUGCCACUGGAUGAUGACAGCAUCCUCCCUGAACCUGGAAGACCCCAAUGUGUGCAGCCACUGGGAAAGCUACUCCGUGACUGUGCAGGAGUCGUACCCACAUCCCUUUGAUCAGAUUUACUACACCAGCUGCACUGACAUCCUGAACUGGUUCAAAUGCACACGGCACAGAAUCAGCUACCGGACAGCCUAUCGCCAUGGGGAGAAAACCAUGUACAGGCGCAAAUCCCAGUGCUGCCCCGGAUUUUAUGAAAGCCGGGACAUGUGUGUCCCUCACUGUGCUGAUAAAUGUGUCCAUGGUCGCUGCAUUGCUCCAAACACCUGUCAGUGUGAGCCUGGCUGGGGUGGAACCAACUGCUCCAGUGCUUGCGACGGCGAUCACUGGGGGCCUCACUGCAGCAGCCGAUGUCAGUGCAAAAACAGAGCUUUGUGCAACCCCAUCACCGGGGCUUGCCACUGCGCCGCGGGCUACCGGGGAUGGCGCUGUGAGGACCGUUGUGAACAGGGCACCUAUGGUAACGACUGUCACCAAAGAUGCCAGUGUCAGAAUGGAGCAACUUGCGACCACAUCACUGGGGAAUGCCGUUGUUCACCGGGAUACACUGGAGCCUUUUGUGAGGAUCUUUGUCCUCCUGGCAAACAUGGUCCACAGUGUGAGCAGAGAUGUCCCUGCCAAAAUGGAGGCGUGUGCCACCAUGUGACUGGAGAGUGCUCGUGCCCUUCUGGAUGGAUGGGCACAGUGUGUGGUCAGCCCUGCCCCGAGGGUCGCUUUGGAAAGAACUGUUCCCAAGAAUGCCAGUGCCACAAUGGAGGAACUUGUGACGCUGCCACCGGUCAAUGUCACUGCAGCCCAGGAUACACAGGGGACCGCUGCCAUCCCAUGUCAGGAGAGUGUGGUUGCAAGCCGGGUUGGUCUGGACUGUACUGCAAUGAAACAUGCUCUCCUGGAUUCUAUGGGGAAGCUUGCCAGCAGAUCUGCAGCUGCCAAAAUGGAGCUGACUGUGACAGUGUGACCGGAAGGUGUGCCUGUGCACCAGGAUUCAAAGGAACUGACUGCUCAACUCCGUGUCCUCUGGGAAGCUACGGGAUAAACUGUUCUUCUCGUUGUGGCUGUAAAAAUGAUGCUGUCUGUUCCCCUGCGGAUGGAUCAUGUAUCUGUAAGGCAGGCUGGCACGGGGUGGACUGUUCCAUCAGGUGCCCCAGCGGCACAUGGGGCUUUGGCUGUAACCUAACAUGUCAGUGUCUCAAUGGAGGUGCCUGCCAUACCCUGGAUGGGACCUGCACCUGCGCGCCUGGAUGGCGAGGGGAAAAAUGUGAACUUCCCUGCCAGGAUGGUACAUAUGGGCUGAACUGUGCUGAGCGCUGUGACUGCAGCCAUGCAGAUGGCUGCCAUCCCACCACAGGCCAUUGCCGCUGCCUUCCUGGAUGGUCAGGUGUUCACUGUGACAGUGUAUGUGCCGAGGGACGCUGGGGUCCUAACUGCUCGCUGCCUUGCUACUGUAAAAAUGGGGCUUCGUGUUCUCCCGACGAUGGCAUCUGUGAAUGUGCACCCGGAUUCCGAGGCACCACUUGCCAGAGAAUCUGCUCCCCAGGGUUUUACGGACAUCGCUGUAGCCAGACAUGCCCACAGUGUGUGCACAGCAGCGGCCCCUGCCACCACAUCACAGGCCUGUGUGACUGCUUGCCUGGCUUUACGGGCGCCCUGUGCAAUGAAGUGUGUCCCAGUGGCAGGUUUGGGAAAAACUGUGCAGGUGUCUGCACCUGCACCAACAAUGGCACCUGUAACCCCAUUGACAGAUCCUGCCAGUGCUACCCAGGUUGGAUUGGCAGUGACUGCUCCCAGCCUUGCCCACCUGCCCACUGGGGUCCGAACUGCAUCCACACCUGCAACUGCCACAAUGGAGCCUUUUGCAGCGCCUAUGACGGGGAAUGUAAAUGCACUCCUGGCUGGACAGGACUCUACUGUACUCAGAGAUGUCCUCUGGGCUUUUAUGGCAAGGACUGUGCACUGAUAUGCCAGUGCCAAAAUGGAGCUGACUGUGACCACAUCUCGGGGCAGUGUACCUGCCGCACAGGGUUCAUGGGACUGCACUGUGAGCAGAAAUGCCCUGCAGGAACAUAUGGCUAUGGCUGUCGCCAGAUUUGUGACUGUCUGAACAACUCCACCUGUGACCACAUCACCGGCACCUGCUACUGUAGCCCGGGAUGGAAAGGGGCUCGAUGUGAUCAAGCUGGUGUCAUCACGGUGGGCAAUCUGAACAGCUUGAGCCGGACCAGCACCGCCCUUCCUGCUGAUUCCUAUCAGAUCGGAGCCAUCGCAGGCAUCAUCAUCCUCGUCCUGGCUGUGCUCUUCCUGCUGGCGCUGUUCAUCAUCUACAGACACAAGCAGAAGAGGAAGGAAUCAAGCAUGCCAGCAGUGACCUACACCCCUGCCAUGAGGGUCAUCAAUGCUGAUUACACCAUUGCAGAAACCCUGCCUCACAGCAAUGAUGGGAAUGCCAACAGCCACUACUUCACCAAUCCCAGUUACCACACGCUUAGCCAGUGUGCUACGUCCCCUCACGUCAACAACAGAGACAGGAUGACCAUCGCCAAGUCAAAAAACAAUCAACUCUUUGUGAAUCUUAAAAAUGUGAAUCCAGGGAAGAGAGGCGCAUUGGUGGACUGCACCGGGACGUUGCCAGCUGACUGGAAGCAGGGCGGCUACCUCAAUGAACUGGGUGCUUUCGGACUUGACAGAAAUUAUAUGGGAAAGUCCUUAAAAGAUCUGGGAAAGAGCUCUGAAUAUAAUUCCAGUAACUGCUCCCUAAGCAGCUCUGAAAACCCAUACGCCACAAUUAAAGACCCACCUGCACUCCUGCCUAAGAGCUCUGAGUGUGGCUAUGUGGAGAUGAAGUCACCAGCACGAAGAGACUCCCCGUAUGCAGAGAUCAAUAACUCGACUUCAGCCAACAGGAAUGUCUACGAAGUCGAACCCACAGUGAGUGUUGUGCAAGGAGUAUUCAGCAACAAUGGGCACCUCACCCAAGACCCAUAUGACCUUCCAAAGAACAGUCACAUCCCGUGCCAUUAUGACCUGCUGCCAGUCAGGGACAGUUCAUCCUCCCCCAAGACAGAGGAUGGCGGUGGUGGUGGCAGCAGCAGCAGCAGUAGCAGCAGGUGUGAUGGCAAAGAGAAGAGGAACAACUGCUAA